CAGGUGUAUCAUGGAGCUGGCCCUGUCUGCCAUUCUAUUUGCCCUCUUUCCUGGAGCCCUGCUGGGGAGUGAGAACCUCAUAGCAGACUCCUACAGCUUGUCUCCUAUGACAGACAGUAGCAUUAACCUGGAUUCAGUGUGUGGACGUCCCAGGGCUUCAGGCCGCAUCGUGUCUGGGCAAGAUGCCCAGCUGGGCCAGUGGCCUUGGCAGGUCAGCGUGAGGGAGUAUGGUGAGCACGUGUGUGGGGGCUCCCUGAUUGCUGAGGACUGGGUGUUGACUGCUGCCCACUGCUUCAGCGAGGACCAGUCCCUGUCUGCCUACACAGUACUGCUGGGUACCAUCUCCUCCUACCCUGGGCCCAGUGAGCCAAAGGAGCUGAAAGAAGUGGCCCGGUGUAUCAAGUACCCAAGCUAUUCAGCAAAUGAGCACAGUAGUGGAGACAUUGCCCUGGUGCAGCUGGCUUCAUCCAUCUCCUUCGAUGACUACAUCCUUCCAGUCUGCCUCCCGAAACCUGGAGAUCCCCUGGACCCCAGCACCUUGUGUUGGGUCACUGGCUGGGGACGCAUUGCCACAAAUCAACCACUCCCGCCACCGUUUACCCUGCAGGAGCUGCAGGUGCCUCUUAUUGAUGCCCAAACCUGCAAUGCCUACUACCAGGAGAACUCUGUUUCCAGCACGAAGCUUGCCAUCUUCGAAGACAUGCUGUGUGCCGGCUUUGAGGAAGGCGGGAAGGAUGCCUGUAAUGGUGAUUCCGGAGGUCCCCUGGUCUGUGACAUUAAUGGUGCCUGGAUCCAGGCAGGGGUGGUGAGUUGGGGAUCCGACUGUGCCCUUCCCAAGAGACCAGGUGUUUACACCAAUGUCAGCGUCUACACUUCAUGGAUCACAAACACAAUGUGGAACUCAGCCCUAGAAACAAGAAGUUUCUCUCUGAGCCUUGCAGACACCUCAGUCUCUGGCCCGUUGCUGGCAUCCCUGGCAAGCACCUUCCUCUUCCUGGGGGCCUAA